GGGAGAGCGGCGAGCGGCUCGGCGCGGUGGCACCGUCCCGGGGAGAAGUGUAUAGCUUAGUGUUAUGGGUGAUACAGAAGAAGCUAAAAUGCAGAUAGCACCAGAAACUCCAGGACGAGUCACAAUCCUGAAUCCUUUUGAAAGUCCCACUGAUUACUAUACUCUUCAGGAGCAGAUUGUUUCCAGUCCUUCCGUCUUUAAGUCAACAAAAUCCUCAUCUACACCAGGAAAAUUCAGAUGGUCUAUUGAUCAGCUUGCUCUAAUAAAUCCCGUGGAAAUAGACUCGGAAGACAUUCGACGCCAAGGAAUGUAUUUGAGCCACGCUAGAAUUGAUAAGGAGACAGAAGAAAGAAGGCAAAAAGCUAUCGAGGAGUUUUUCACAAAAAAACUCAUAGUUCCUUCUCCUUGGACUGAACAUGAAAGCAAGGAAGUUUCUCAAUUUAAUUCAACUAAAUCCAUAGAUAUAAAUAAUAUUUCUCCGAUUGGAAGACAGCUGAGCUUGCAGCCUGGGAAAAGCAAUGCUGCUUGUCAAACAGUACUGACUUUGCCAGUGGAUUUUAAUUUAGAGAAAAUACUUGGUGAAUAUUUUAGAACUGAUGAAUUUGCAGAUCAGUCUCAGGAAAAUCUAAGCUCUUCAUCACUCAGAAGAAAGCUAUUUUUAGAAGAAAAUGGAAACGUAUCUGCAUGUUUGUCCCCUUCUCUGCAUAGUCCAUGUGGUAGUCAGCCACUUGGAGUGCUUUGUUCAAUAGAAUUAUCUCCAGUCCGGUGCAGAAGCCCCCUGGACACAUCUAGUUCAGCUCAGUUUUCAUCAAGUCCUAUUCAGGGAGGAACAAGAGCUUAUAGUUUGGGAAGUAUAACCAGUCCGCCGUUUUCAGAGGGGUCUCCUGCGCAUAAUGGUUCUCCUGCUUUUUCACCAAUUGCUUUUCACAUAAGGAAAACACCACUCUCAGACCAAAGAAAAUUUACAUUUCGUUCUCCAGAUAUUCCUUCUUCCUCCAAUAGAAUGACACCCCCAACAAGUACAAGAAGUCCUUACAUAGAUGGUUGUUCUCCAAUUAAAAACUGCUCUCCUAUGAGGCUUGGAACCUGUAGAGGAACUGCCCAAUAUCAGACUUCUGUCAUUAGAAUACCAAUUGCAGUUGAGAAUCGUGAUGAGGAUGAGGAAGACAAGGAAAGCACUUCUUCAGCAGAAGCUGGGUUCCCAGAAAUUGAUAAUGGAAUAAACUUACAUCAGGAAGGCAAUGAUACUUUUGCACAUGGUACACAUCUUGUGGUGGCAACUGUGUCUAUUGCACCAGAUCACUCAGAAGGUUGUCAUCAAAGGUUGUCAUCUUUUCAGGAUAUAGAAGGCUUAAAGGAAAGUAAUACUGUAGACAUGGCUGAUGCUGCUGAAGUGUCAGAGGGAAACACUUGGAUAAAAGAAACAAUUGGCAGUAGCAAUACACCAAUGACCAGCUUUAUGACAGGCAUUACUUUCAGUAUUGAAAGCUCUCGCAUGUGCAUGUCACCUCUUGCAGAAAGCAGUGUGAUUCCUUGUGACAACAGUAGUAUUCAGGUGGACAGUGGUUACAAUACACAGACUUGUGGAAACAGCAUUAUGGAUACUGCAGAGGCUGAAAACAGUUGCAAAGAAAACGAUGUGAAUACUGUUAUGUUUCAGAAUAAAUCUCAGCUGCUCAGAACAAAGGAGUGUUCUGUUUUAAGCCAUAAGGACAAUCAAUUGCUGAGAACAAAAUCUCCAGAGAAGCAAUCCUGUUUUCAGAAAGCCAAAACACAUAGCACAGUAUUUGGUCAAAAUGCAACUUGCAACAUUUCUGCUUGGAAACAUAAAAAUGAAAAUCAAGUUCAGGGAUUUCACAAAACUGGUAUGUAGUUUUCUUAUGGAGAACUUAAGCUGUGGUUUCUAAUAAAUUUUUAUACAUAUGACCUCAGUUACUUGGAUUAUACAAGCUAUUCUGCUUUUCUAAUGCAAAUGUUGGGUAUAUAUUAAGGAAGUUUUUAAAUAAUGCGGGAUUUUUCAGGUCUUACUAAGAAAUUUAUUGGUGUUAUUAAGUGAUCCUUUUUGAAAAAUAAGGUGUCUAGAUUUGGUACAGAGAAACAAUAGGGUUUUUUUAGAAUUGUAUUCCUUCUGUGACUAGGGUGGAUUCCAUGAGCAGCCUAGGAUAAUUUGCAUAGGAACCAGUAUAACUGCAAAAUCGCCUAUAUUUUAAGAUUUGUCCCUCCUAAAAGGCAUGAAAGACGUUCUCUGUGGGAAAGAAAAAGUGAAAGGGGUAUUAGUCUGGUUUUGGAUUGCUUUUCUCCAGACUGAUAUAUUGUAUGGCUUCAUAAAUACUACCAAUAGUACCAAGAGUAAGUCACUGGACAGAAGUGAACUGCUGAGGUGUGAUGAGAGCAGAUGCCAAGUUUAGUUCUCUUAGAAAUGUAAAAUGAGCUUUAUGUCAAAAGAAGCUGUUUAGUAAUUCUCCAAACAGCUUUUUCCUUGGUUUGACAGAAAUCUGUCAUGUCAGUUAGGUUUACUAGAUACUUAAGUAAAAUGUAUUAUUGGUUACCUUAAAAUUAAAAGAUAGUGUUGCUGCUUUGGAAUUUAUAUUAGUACUAAACUUGGAGCUGAUCACCUGACACUACCAGUGUCUCUGAAGAACACUUGUGUCCAAAUUGAUGCUCUGGUACUCUUUGUAAGUGUACCUUUCUAGGAAGGUGCAAUAAGAUUCAUUGGUGUCAGUACAUCACUAAGAAAAUGCUUUUCUUCUAUAAAAGUAAACUGUUACACUUUUACUUAUAUGUUUAGUUCCUACUAUUAUUAUGUUGCUUACAGAAAUUACCAAAAUACUUAGAUAAAGCCUUUAAAAAAUAUAAUGAACUUUUUGCGUGCCAUUUAUUACCAGAAGUAUUAAUACAAGCAAAGCUUUGAUCCUUUAAAAAACAAAAUCAAUGAAUUAAAAUAAUGGACUGGGCGGAGGGGGGUCAGAAACCAAGAACUCCAUUUAUGUAAUCAAAUGAGAUUGGUUGAAUUUGCUUGUAUUUGUUUAAAAGAACCUUCUGGAAUUUAUAUGUGUAAAUAGGGAGAAAAAAAAUCCACAUGGUAAUCUUGUCACCCUAGUGACCAAGAGGGAAAGAAGAGGUAUGGGAUACACUGGUAUUUCCAGGCUGUUUAUGUAGAGCUCUGGUAAACUUCAUUGGAUUAAUGAAAAAGGGAAGUCCAUUCUAACAAGUGUUCCAGGUAAAGCAGUCUUCCUCUCUUUUCAUAGCAAUGAUGUCCCAGGAUACUGGAUGGAAAUUCUGCUUUCUGUUCUAUUCCACAACCCACAGAAAAGCUUGUACCAAAGUGACAGUGGCUGAUGAGCAGCUGUUGGCACACUAGGCCUGAAACCCAUUAGUCACAUUGGUCAGGUCUAAAUUUGAAGGCAGGACAGCAUUUUAAAAAAAUCUCAAAAGGGGAAGUGUGAACAGAAUCUCUUGGCAUUAAUAUCAGUGUGUUAGACCUGAGAGUUGUGUGUUGUUUGAAUAGAACAGUUCUUGAAAUAUUUUCAUUUAUAAUUUCCUAGUGAAGGCUUUCUGAGAAGCAUAUUUCAAAAGAGGAAAUGUCUGCAUCACUUGAUUGUAGUUCUCACAUUGCAAAAAUAAAUAUUGAAAAAUUUACUUUAGAAAUCUAAUGAGCAAACAUAAUGUGCAUUAUUUUUACUUCUGUAGCAGUUUAAUCACUAUUUCUGAAAUGCAUGUGGGAUUGACAUGGAAUGUCAAUGUAAUGGAAUCGAGUGUCAUAGAGUAGCUAUUUCAUGAUCUUCAAACGGUGCCCUACUAGAAGCUGAAAUACACUGAAUUGGUAACUGUUAAGGGAUAAAUUUUGUUAAAAGUAGGAAAUGAACCCAAGACUUCUGGAAAACAAACUUGAAUAGGGCCUUCAAAAUGUUCUUAGCUUUAGCUUCUAGGUUUUGUCACUCAGAAGCAGGAUAAAACUUGUUUGAGAUUUAAAAGUUAUGUAUGACCUUGUGUCAUUUCUGUUUCUCAUGAUAACUUCAAUGCUAAGCAGUUAAAAGGACUGUACAAAGCAUUUAUUUUUGCAAUUGUGAUUACUAAAAUAAUGUAAAUUUAAUGAAUGUUAAGCAGGGCAACCCAAAUUAUGAUCUGUUUCUGAAUUUUUCCGAGUUACGUGUAUAAUUAAGAUUUAUUUUUUAACUAAAUCUUUUGUUUUUAUAAUGUGUUCAAUGAUCAGAGGCUUUUGAAGUAUUCACAAGUAAAAAAGCCAUCCCUUAAGUAUUUAACUUCAUCCUGUAUUAGUAUUUUCUUAAAGGUAAGAAAAACGUAAGAGCAGAAAUAAGUGAAUGUGAGAAGUGAUUAAGGAUGCCCCCACCUGGAUUGCCUGUAUUUUUUGUCCUGUUUUGUAGUCUUCAGUUAGAUGGGAAAUAUUUAUUUUAUGAAAACAUGCUUAUUUUUUUAUUAUGUUUGUACAACUGAUUUGUAGAAGAAACCUGCUGUGCAAAUUACCAUGGAAAUCACUUCACCAUUCUGUUUCUGUUGUUGUUAAUACAUUG